AUGGGCAUAAAAGGGUCUAAACCAAAUUUAUCUCAAAAGACUACUCGUACUCACUCUAAAGGAAUAACUUGUUCCUCUUGUUAAAUGCAAGGCUGGAGAGAUUACAUGGAAGACUACAUUAUAAUUCAAGAGUAAGAGGAGUUCUAACUUUAUGGAGUCUUUGAUGGACAUGGAGGCUCAGAAGUUUCAGAAUUUUUGUCAGAACACUUCUAUGAAAUAUUUGAAAUGGAACUAAAUAAAAAUCCAGAAAAUUAUAAUGUCGUGUUAGAAUCAACUUUCGAAACUUUAGAUACUAUAUUAGCUCAUCGAAUUGCUAGUUCUAAAGUUGGAAGCACUGCUAUAAUUGUUUUGGUUACUAAAGAAAAGGUUUACAUUGCUAACUUAGGAGAUAGUCGAGCUAUUCUAUUUUCAAAUGAAUUUGUUUAAUAACUUUCGGAUGAUCAUAACAUUGAUUCAGAAUAUGAUAGAAUAAUUGCUAAUGGUGGUUUUAUUAGAGAUGAUAGAAUUAAUGGUAACUAUGUAUCAUGAUUUCUAGGUUCAUUGACUGUCGCAAGAGCAUUUGGUGAUUUUUUCUUAAAGUCAUCAAGAGGUUCUAUAAUAUCAUCAAAACCAGAUAUUUUUGUAAUUGACAGACCAUAAAAUAAAUAUAUCUUGCUAGCAUCAGAUGGUAUUUGGGAAUGUGCAGAUAAUUAAUGUAAAUUAAUCAAAGUUAUUUUAGAUAUCAGCAAAAAUCUUAUUGAAAAUAAUUCAUUAGGAAAAUUAUUCAAUUAAUUAAUUGCAAAAAGCAUGUAUUAAGAAAAUGGUUAUGACAACAUGAGUGCAAUACUUAUUUAAUUUUGA